CAGAACUUCAGAGAGAGUUGAAGCAUGAAUAGAAAGCCCUUGUUUCCACGAUACUGAAACAAGGGAGGUUGAUUCUGUCCCGUCCUGUCCUGUUCUGUUCUUUCUCCUCUUCUACUACUUGAAGAAGACAAAACAUUUCAGGAGACGCAAAAUGUGCCAUCAUAAUUAGUAACUCAUCAUCCACCCAAAAUGGACACGACAUUGCCUCGGAGCCCUAUGCUGUCAUCUAAAACUCCUGUAAUCUACGAAAAGUACAAAUCAGGAUGUGCCUGGGGAUUAAUUCACUUCCUCGAUUUUCGCCGUCGUAAGCUCGCAAACAGACCGUCUAAAGGAGGCAAUGGUUAUACAAGGAAUAAGCCUAAUUUUCCCUCUAGUGAAGACCUUAGGAAGGUAACCAAGAGUAGUUAUCCGGCUCGAGCUAGUAAUGCAGCAACGGAGGGGUAUAGGCGGUUUUCUGAUCGAAAUAUGGUAAGUAACAGAGGUAGGAAGGAUGAUCAUCACACCAAGAUUAAUCUUCGAGUUCGCAUGAAUGAAGCGGUCGAAGCAUUCAUAAAUCAAAGGUUAAUAAGUAACCAGUCUACGGAUUUUAUCGAUGCAUUGGAGAUUUCGAACUCCAACAAGGAAUUGUUGAUGAAACUCCUGCAGGAUCCAAAUUCACUGCUGGUGAAACAUGUUCAUGAAUUAUGUGAUUCUCAGGCAAAGAAACAGAAAACAAAAACAUCAUCACUGUCCCAACCAUUGAACACAAUAGUUGUCUUGAAGGCUGUCAAACAAAACUGUCCUAAUAGAAUCAGUAAUUGGCCAUCACCAAAGUCUCAUUAUAAUAAAAAAGACGGGGGUGUUAGGCCAACAUUGUUGUCUUUUCAACACAUAAAAAGGAAAUUGACACAUGGUUUAAGGGCGAAGAGAAAAGAGCAGUGGCAGAUGUCCCAUGAUCGAAAAAAACCCGAAUCAUCCCGUGAUGUCAAUAUAACUCAGGACUUUGGUUCAUGCAUUGGAAACAAAGCUGCUUCAUCCACUGAAAUUUGCUAUACAACCUCAGACCUAUUAAAGUCUUUGCCUGAACAUGACGUGUUGCCUAUGGUUACACCAGGAAGGGACAGGGAACAUGGGUUUGAUUCUCCACAGAUGAGAUUUUCACCCUUUUCAACUGUUAAUGGAUACAAGAGGAGGGUUCAAAUAGAAAACAUGAGUGGUUGCUCAAGUUCUGUUACCAUUGAAGCUAUAGAGGCACAGCCCUUGUAUGAUGGAUUGCAUGGUGGUGCAAAGAAGAGUACCAUUGGCCAUAUAUCUCCUAGCACUGUAUCUCCAGCAGCUGAGCCACCAGUUGAAUCAUUUUGUAUAAAUAUUGAAGAACUCUAUGAAUCUUCUCAUGUGGAAUCCCAUUUGGACAUGAAGAACAAUGCAGGCAUUUCAAUAGAUAAGCAAGAAUCUUUGUCCAAAUACAUAAGAUCAGUUCUCCAAAUCUCUGGUCUGAAUUGGGAUGAACUCUUUAGGAAAUGGAAUUUGGCAGAUCAAAUGCUUGAUUCAUCUAUGUUUGAUAAUGUCAAAUUAUGGCAUCACAAGUCCUGUAGUACUGAUCAUCAUAGACUGAUUUUCAGCUACAUCAAUGAAGUCCUUUCGGAGAUGUAUCGAUGUUAUUUUAGAUGCUCUCCAUGGAUAUCACUUCUUGACCCGAGACCUCGACCGGCUCGGUUCUCCAAAGACAUGGUUCAUGAGGUGUUGAGACAUGUUGAUUGGGUACUCUUAACAGAGCUGCCCCAACAAACAUUACAACAACUUGUUGAAAACGACUUGGCCAAAUCGGGAACGUGGUUCAAUCUCCGGUUCGUUACAGAGGAAGUUAUUAUCGAGUUAGCAGACAGCAUAUUGCAGGAUUUGGUAAUAGAUGCUGCAAUUCAGCUUCAAAUUUAAAAGCAGUGCAGCACAACAUGUGUUCCAUGUUACCGAGACAUGAUCAGCAACUUACAGCAGUUAUCAGUGCGAUGCGCAGUGCACAAAUUCAAUCUAUGUCCAAGAAUCCCCCGAUACACAUAGUUUACUAGUUUACAUUAAAUCCAUAUUACAAUUAUGGUUCAUGUUUGGAGUUAGUGACUAUUCAUUUCAAUAAUAUUGUCUCCCAAAUUCGAACUUAAA